UCAAAAUCCCCUUUUUCUUUGCAGCCUUUAGCAUAAUCUGGAGUAUUUUCGAACCAAAAAAAAAGGAAGUAUAACAACAAUGAAACUGAGACUGAGAAAUCAUGAAUCCAGAGAAACCCUGAGAAUCCAACUCCCAUCUCCUUGUUCUUUUCUUCAACUCCAGGAAACCCUUUCCCUCUCCCUUCCUCCGCCCCAUCCUCCUCCCUCUUCCCUCCGUUUUUACCUCAACGACAACGAUUUGCUCCUACCGCCCUCCCCUCACUCUUCCCUCCAUUCCCUUGGCGUCGUCGCCGGCGACCUUCUCUAUUUCUCCUCCAACCCCACCGCUUUUUCCGCUGUUUCAGUAACCCAAAUGGAUGACCGCAAUCAGGUGCCGGACAACAACAACAAUCAAGAGACCCAAAUGCAAGAAUUGCCUCAAUUUGAAGAACCCAUGUCGCAAGAUCCCGAAUUUUCUGCAGAAACUAUGGACAUCGAUGCCUCUGCCCUUAGUGAAAGGUUGUCGGAGCCCUACUUCUUGAGGAAGGUUUUGGGGGAAGAGCUGGGUGAUAGUGGCUGCAUUCACAAGCUAUUGGCGAUUUCGGUCCACGCCGUUUUACUCGAGUCGGGUUUCGUGGGGAUCGAUCCAAUUUCGGGGCUCCGAACCGAUCGGUUUCAUUGGCCAGAUGAGUUUCCUUCUCCUGUCUCAUUUCACUAUUCCCUGCCUGAACUGUUGAGGUCUAAUUUGACUGAUUAUGUAGCUUUAAAGUUUCAGACUUUAGGCCAUUUCUUUCAGGUUUAUGGGUCUUUGUUUAAGGGUUCAAGUUUAUAUAAAUUGUCUCUGGAUGAAACUAGGUUUGCUCCAACUCUGAAUUUGGUGUGGGAAAAUUGUGAUAAAAAUGUCGCUAUGGAUGAUAAGAAAGAUGGGUCUUUUGUUUCGUAUCCUGAGAGUGAAGUUUUCGAGUUUUGGAAGAUUGUUAAAGAUGGGCUUGCAUUGCCAUUGUUAAUAGAUCUCUGUGAUAAGACUGGUUUGGCCCUUCCGGUUUGUUUGAUUCGUCUCCCAGCCGAGUUAAAGGUGAAGAUCCUGGAGUCGUUACCCGGUGCCGAUAUUGCGAGGAUGGAAUGCGUUUGCUCGGAGAUGCGAUACCUGGCUUCCAACAAUGAUCUGUGGAAGCAGAAAUUUAAAGAAGAGUUUGGGUGUACGUCAGGAACUGUAGCAAUGGGGAACUGGAAAAAGAUGUUUAUUUCAUGCUGGGAGAGUAGGAAGAAGCGAAAUCGGGCGAUUACGAGGUGGCAAGGGUUUGCUCGUGUUGAUAAUAGACCGCUAUACUUCCCAAUUUGGAGAGAUCCCAAUCCAUUCUUUCCUUCAUUCGGAGUUCCUCACGUAAUUGGAGGUGAGCACGAUGCAUCACCAUUUGUUGCUCCUCAUCCUUACAUGCCCUGUGUUCAUCAACAUCCAUAUCGAAGGCGACAGAAUUUCAGACAUCACUGCAAUCACGGAGAAAGACAGAAUGAUGCAUAGUAGCCAGUGACUACUUUACCACCUAUCCCUUGUCGAGAAAUCGAGAUGUGAUUUAGCUACUACUAGGGGACACACCCUUGCUUAUCAGCUGCUACUAGGGAAGGAGAAAUCACCCAAGGGCGAGGUGGAUUAGAAGGUGCUUCCUCAGCAAACGUUCCCUUCCAACAUCUUGCACUCAUCGAUUAAAGUGAAUGAUAAUUGCAGUAUCAACUUCAAUCUCUUAAUUGUUAACCGAAGUCCACAACUCAGCUUUCAUGCUAGUUGGUUUGAGGGUAUGUCUAUAAGUUCUCAUAGUGGUCGCGAAUUAAAAUUUUCAUUUCUACUUUUUUCAGAUUACCCAAGGAUGAUUCCUAUUUUGUUUACAUUCCUAGGAGGUGGUUUCUAAGAUAUUGGAGUCAAGGAUGGGAGAGGAACUCUUAUAACUAUACUUUCAACUUCAAUACUAAUCACAAGGAUCAAUUUCUAUAACUAGUUGGUGCAUGGAUUAAGUUUUUUUUAAAAUACAUUUAUGGGUGUGUCUUAUUGUUUGGAGUAUGGGUUUUUUUUUUCUUUAAUUUGUUGAAUACUACUUUUUUUUUAUUUGUAAAAUUUAUUAAUAAGUAUUUAUAUACCUAUAAAUAAAAGAAGGUCGAUCUUCCUCCUGAUAAGUCACACGUGAUACACAUUUAUCAUGUAUCUUUUUGCAUUUUAUAAAAAUGAUUGAUUUUCAGUUUUUGGUCCUUUUAAUAUGUUUAAAUUUGAGAUUUAAUCUUUAUAUUUUAAUUUCCAACAUAGUUUGGUCUCUAUAAUUUUAUCAAUUAGUUAAAAUAGUUAAUAGCGUUAACUUUUAAUUAAGAGAUUACAUGUAAGGGCGAAGCCAUAAAAUUUUUAAGGGGCCAAAAUUGAAUUACAAAUUUUUGAGAUGUCGAAUAUAAAUUUUAUCGCGUAUUAAUUUAGAAAUAAUUUGAAGUUCACCCUCAACGUUUUGGGGUUUUUUUUCACUUCAGCCCUUAACGUUUGUUUGUAUUUCAAUCUCACCCAUACAUUACAGAAAAAUUGAAAUAAGUCAACAUUUUGUGGCACAUGGCAUGACACUUCAAUUGGUGACAUGGCUGAGGUGGCAUGACACAUCAUCAAUCAUGUGAUUUAUUUUUUAGUUAAAAUAUUAAAUAUAGAAAAAAAGUUCCCCCCCUAAUUACCUGUAGCCGCCUAAUUACAUUGUUAUAUGUAACUAGAAAGUGGAUCUUUAUUUCGUUAGUAAAAACAAAAACAAAAAAACCAUGGCUCAUACAUGUCUGGCCGCCAUGGUGUCCUCCGUCACAGUCUCACUGCCCUAUCUGACCACCUCCUCCUACGCCAAACCGCCGUCUUACUUCUUCAGCAACCUCAAAAUCCUCCUUCUCAAAGCACCCCUUUCAGCUUCCCGACGAAGAACCCCCAAUUUCACUAGGUAUAAUAUGUAAUUACGAGUUCCUGUUUUCUUGUGUUUAUGAUCGAGCUAGCUUCUGUAUUUUAUUCAGGUGACUGAUAACCUUGUGGGGCGCCCCCAUAAUUGGAGCCUUUCGAUCACUGUGAAUUGCUACAACGAUCAAGUAGUAGACGAGGAUGAAGAUGAAGAAUAGGAUCGGAGUUUGGAUCUGUUAGUUAGAUUUGUUCAAAACGUAUUUAGAAAGAUUUCUAAACGAGCAAGGAAAGCCGCUCGAUCGGUUUUGCCUGUCUUCAUCCCUAGUAAUCUGGUAGGUAUCCUUCAAUCGAUUUUAUAUUCCUUUUUUUUCCUUAUGUAAUUUAUGAAGGAUCCCUAGGUGGGAUUAUCCGUUAAUGGUGGGUUUUAACGGCAUUUCUUGAGGUAAUUCAUCAUUUGAUUCACCUGUGUUUAAAUCGAGUAGUUAGUCACUUUACACUUACUACUUAACUCGCUAGCUUGGAUAUCAGCAAUUCGACUAUUUAUACAAAAGUAAUUAGCAAAAAUCAGCAGCGUUUCAAAUAUUUAUAAGCAGCAAAUUAGCAAUUCAUGUUCAUGUGUUUACCAGCAACUAAACUAACUUUUCAGUUUUUGUGAAGUAUGAGGACUAUAUUUUGAUAAACUAAUGGGAUUAGCUGCUUAGUUUUCAUAAAGUAGAGGGAUAGGAUAAACUAAUGUGCAGCUGUAAUUACUUAUAUGGAAAAUAUUGAUUUUAAUAGUGUUAGAGUCGGAUAAUGUUAGACUGAAAUGAAAUGGAAUAGGAUAAACUAAGUUAUAAACCAAAAGGGAUGAUUGGUUCAGUAGACUGAAAUGAAAUACUGUUAAACUGAUAGAAUAAAUCUACAUCUAUUGGUGGAAAACCUUGGCUGUUCUGGCUGGGAAUUCAAUAUGCUUUCUUAAGUUUUUGUGUUCAACAUUUUUAUUCUGGGUUGGUCUGGUUAUUAGUGCUGUUAACUUGGUUGGAAAUUUGGGCUUUUAGUUAUUUACAGUAGGGAUGUUUUGCGAACCAAUCAGCAACUUUCAGUUAGUUAUAUACAGUGGGAGGGUGGAUAUGGUCUCCCUGAUAGCUUUGAGGUAAUAUUAAUUUUCAAGACAAAGAACAACCUUUUAUAGAUAAAUAUCCUAAGAAAAUGUACAUAAAAAGACAUUAAGAAACAGAGUUGAAAGGUUCAUAUGUACUGAGAUCCUUGACAAUUGUAGCAAUGGAGCCAGCCGCUGCAAGAACUGAUACAAUCAGGCAAAGCAACACCAAGAAGUUUAACCAUAUCCAUUUCCAACUAAAGGCUCGGAUCUGUUCUCUCGAUAUGUGCAUUUGGAUUGGGAAAUACACUGUCAGCGGCCAAAACGAAGCGGCACCCAGGAGGCCGAGGAUUGCAUUGAAGAACGGUAGAAGCAUCGCCAGCACGAUGGUCAGUAUCACGUAACCUGUUCGCCAUACAACCCUGAAAACACUGAAACUGUAAACCCCAAACAAUGGAAGCUUAAUUGGUGGACUUUCUUUGAUGAAACUGCUGUUUGGCCAUCGGUUGAAGCACCUGUCUUCCACCUGUUUGAAAAUUGGCUGACAGAAUACCUAUGAAGAAAACCAUCAAGAUUUUGCUGAAGAUAUGGGGAUAUUUUAUUGUGUGUUGUUUGUAGGUGAUGGUAAUGGGGGUGUUUUUACCUGGUAAGCUCCUAUAAGAUGUACAAUGAUGAAUACAUUAGCCAUGUCGAUAAGCCAGUACGGUUCGUAAAAGCCAAACCCUGUUAGGAAAUUGCCUGGUGCAUUGUUGCCGAAUGCUGCGUAACCCAGAGCACCACAUGAAACGUAGAAUACGGUGGUGACCGAGACGCCCACCAAGGUUGCCUUCUUCAUUGAUUCAUUUUCUGGUGGAUUUGGUUUCAGUGUAUCCUGCAAUUCCAUGCCAAUUACAUGAAUGGAAGUCUUUCCUUUUGCCAAUUCCAUGCCAAUUACAUGAAUGGAAGUCUUUUCUUUUAUUGGAAAGGAAAAGGGUACCAUUGAAACCAGGAGGACUUGCCUGUAUCUCGACGAGUACAGUGGAGAAAGCAAAAGCGAAGGCGAUGUCACCGAUGGCUUCGAAGCAGUUCCAAGUCUUCUGCCAGCUGGUCACGUCAACUCCCACGGUUGUUCCUGUCAAGCUUGUUCUAGCCUGAUUCCCUCCUACAGCUCUGGCUAUCGAGAGGCCGAGGCCAAUGGUAGAGUACCCGAAAGACAUAACCGCGGCGACCGCGGAAAGCCACGAGAGCUCAUGGAAGUUUGGGAUUUGGCUUAAUAUGAUCUCUAUGAUGCCAAAGAUGAUCAUAAACUUGUUGUUUUUGACAUGGCAGCUUACAUUAUGGCCCUCCUUGUGAAAGCAACCUGAUCUUUCUAUUGCCCUGGUUAAUCAAAGGGUCCCUGCAACAAUCAGCUAGUAGAGUGGAUGUAAACCAAGUGAUGAUAGAGAAGAUUACAAGGGCCAUGGGACCAGCAAUCCACCCUAACUGAGCAAUGGCCCAUGAAAGAGAUAAGACCCCCGAACCUAUGACUGCUGUUAUUAUAUGUGCACUUGCAGUCACCCAAGUUCCUGCAACAAAAAAACACAGAUUUUUAACUUCAAAAAAAAAAUGAUGAAAUUUGAAACCUCUCUUUGCAGAAGAAAAAAAAAACCCAGAGUUGAAUAUGGCUUGCCUGUUCUUUUUGAGCUACCAUCAUCACCAUAUCGGUUGCUAGCUUCCAGUUCCAUGGCAUGUAAAGAUUGAUCCUUGCUUUCUCUCUGUACUGGAAAGAUGUUAGAUUUGUGUCAAAUUAAAGCCAAACUCCUUAAAACUUUAACUCUCAACCUAGACUGUUACGAAUGGGAAGAUUCUCUCAAAUAAAUGUAAAAUCACCCUAUUUGGCAAUUCCAAACUGUGUUCCUUUAUUAUUCCAAUACCAACUCAGAAAAUUAAUCUAA